UCAGGUGGUGUUGGCGGUGCGUCAGCAGCACGUUGCCAUCGGCGACCAGGUGGUGACCCUGGGAGACGGAGACGAGGUUGCCAUGGUACCCCCUCUCAGCGGAGGCUAGAGUCCCACGUGUGUGUGUGUGUGUUGUUUCCUCUCAGAUGGCCGAGUCGGAGGAGCGGCGAGACGUCUUGAAGCUGAGCCGUGAUUGGCUGUCUGUACAGGAAGUGGUGGACACCGUCAGCAGCGCUUCCUGUGGAGCCAUUUCUGUUUUUAUAGGAACGACCCGGGAGGACGAGGUUGAUGGCAGGAAGGUGAUUGGUCUGGAGUACGAGGCAUACGAGCCCAUGGCCCAAUCAGAGUUCAGGAAGCUGUGUGAUGACAUCAGAGAGCGCUGGCCAACCGUGACGCACGUCUGUGUUCACCACCGGCUCGGGUGAGACUCCGAGCGUGUUGCUAUG